AUGGGAUUGUACAGGAAAAAAUGGGAGCAGCCGUCUGGCACUAUGCUAUUCCAACCGGUCAGCACCUCCUCACCGCUAAAUUCCAAUCGAUUUGAGCGCAGUCCCGUACACAGUACAGACGCAGUACGUGGACUACUCGACUGGCACACCUCGUUCGAGUCGUAUGCAACCGACGCAGUCACAAUCACAAACGCAGUCACCAAUGAUGUCGUCGCAAGUGACAACUGCCAUGCGAACGCCAUCUGGAACGCCAUCCCAAGCAGGGCUAUCGCAAAUUGCCGCGAUUUCCCGUAUGCAGCAGAAAGCGGCACUUCGAAGGGAUUCACCAGAUCGAGUUAG